CCCAUCUUCAGUUUUCCCCCUUUUUCCCAUUUCCAGAUGCCAUGAAAAGCACUUGGGUUCAGGGCAAGAAACAGGGGAGCCUCAGAAGCAGAGUGCUAGCUUUCUUUUCUCUGCUUCUGCUGAUCUUGCUGUUGGAUACCAUCCCUUGUUAUGCAGCAGUUUUGUAUGGAAAAUCAAGCAGGCACAAAGCUGGACCAGCUUCUGGGAUGAGUGCUUUUAAACCCCAAGGUGGGUUCAAAGGGAAAAACAAUGCAGCUAAAGAUGGUGAUGGAAUUUUUGGUGGAGACAAGAGGAAAGUCUAUACAGGUCCAAAUCCUCUGCAUAACAGAUAAGUUUCUUAGCGGAGGAAAACAAAAGUUAAUUUAAAGUUUCAAGCUUAAUGUAUUUUAUUUCCUUUAUAAAAGAGAUUUUUUAAUUUUGAUGCUUGAGGUUUAUUAGGUAAUGUUGAGACACAGUUGUAUAUGAAAGAUUUUGGUAAAUAGGAAGAGAGUAUUUUUGAGACAUUUCCUCAUGGAAGAACAUUAAUAUUGCCAUUAAUGGGGUUGUUGUUGUUAUUAAUAUUAGUCUGCUUUUGCUCCAGAAGCCAUGUAUAUCUUAAAUGAAAAUAGUUUGCUAAUAAGGUAUGUGAUAUCAAAGUAGAUGUAAAUUGAUUCAUGCGUCUGAUGGAAUAAAAAGAACAAAUAAAACUAUUUCUAUGUCAUAUUGGGAAGAUUUAUUAUCAACAAACUUUUUAAGUCACUAUUUUUGCAUCUUAAUAUCUCCUCAUUGGUCAAGAGAUUAAACGCAACGUCCAGAA